AUGUCGGAUUCGCCGGAGAAGCCUACGGGUCUCCUCGACCGAGUCCCUGGACCACUUGACCUGUAUAUUGGCGGGCUAUUUGCUCUCCGCCGUAAGCAGUCCUUGCAGGCCUCCAAGAUCACUCAUGUAUUGUCGGUCCUGCGAGGCUCGCUGGACAAGACCCUCUUCGAGAACUUCACGCACAAGCAAGUCGAGGUCGACGACGUCGAUGAUGAAAACCUUCUCGAACACUUCCCCGCCUGUAACAAGUUCAUUCAAGAUGGACUCGAUGCGGGCGGAGGUGUACUCAUCCAUUGUGCGAUGGGAAAGUCCCGGUCUGCCACGGUCCUAUGUGCAUUCUUGAUGUAUCAUCAUCGAAUAAGUUUCGCUGAAGCGCUGGCUCUGAUACGAGAGAGUCGACCGUUUUGCGACCCAAACGAAGGCUUUGUUCAGCAACUGGAACUCUACCAUUCCAUGGGCAUGCCUGAGAACGUCGAUGAAGCGCCUGCCUAUCAACGAUGGAUGUACCAAAGGGAGAUAGAGCUCAGCCGGGCGUGUGGUCAAGCACCCGAGGCCGACAAGAUUCGCUUCGAGGAUGAACAUGCCAAUGGAGCGGCUGCCAGUCCGGCCGACUUUGAGCUACGAUGUAGGAAGUGCAGACGUCCGCUAGCCACGUCACAGUAUCUCGUUUCGCACAAGCCAAAACAAGCAGACGGCGCUCAACCGUCGAGUUCCCUAUCAAGUCCGUCAUGCUCACAUUACUUCUUGGAUCCGCUAUCCUGGAUGCGACCCCAGCUCGAGCAAGGCAUGCUCAGCGGCCGACUCGAGUGCCCAAAAUGCAAGACCAAUGUCGGGAAAUACGCCUGGCAAGGGAUGCAAUGCAGCUGUGGCGAUUGGGUAGUGCCUGGGAUCAGUCUUGCCAAAGCUAGGAUAGAUGAGGGUAGGACUCGGGCCUCAUCCGGGGCGGCGGCAGGGGGGAUUCGACAACCGCCAGCAUCGGGCGCCGAUGCCAGCACUGCAAGAAAGCUGGGCGUAUCACACGAGAAUUUAUAGCGAGGUGUUGUACCAGCGCAGUCCUGCAAGGGCACGAGUCUGCGGCUCGUUCGCCAAUGCGCGGCGUUGGGUAUUGCUCUUUCCACCUACGUCAAUCAUCCUUGCGAUACCUCCGGCUCCCUGUCUUCGUGCCAACCGAGCGAGGCGGUCGCUCGCUCGAUAUA